ACUAAGGAGCAGAAGAAGUGUAUCUUACAAAGGACGCCUUCAGGGAGUGGGGAAGUGGCCGGACAGACAGGCAAGGGGGGCGGAGGAAGCCAGAGAGGAGUGAUAAGACGGCCAGAGAAGCGGCGUGACAUCUGCCAUGCGAGCCGGCAGGGGGCAGAGCAAGCAGGAUGUCACGUGGAGUGAUCGCUACGGGAGCCGAGAGGGUUGCGUGCGGGUAGAGGGGGGUCUUUCCCACCGCCUGAAAGACUGCGUUACUCACAGGAGUCGCGGACUCUUCUUGCCCUGAGCUGGAGACGGGGGCUUCGCGGCCUGGGACUGCUGCCCUGGGGCGUCGGGAGGCCUGGCGCUGAGGCUGCUCCUCCGCCGGCGGGGAUACUCGGCCUUCCUCCGGCGGGACACAGCGGCGGCGGCGGCCGCAGCGGCCCGGCCCCGGUCCCGACCUCCCCUCAGCACGCGGCUGCUAGUGGUCCCCCCAGGGGCCGCCGCCGCCGCUUCAGGGGGCUGUUGUUGGGGCUUCUCCGGAGCCGCCUUGGCCGCCGCCGCCUCUCCCCCUUCCUGGUCCUGCUGCUCCGGGGGUCUCGGCUCUUCCGUCUCCCCCGGCAUCGGGACUCGUCCGCCCCCCACCCCCUAGUCCCAGGCGGCGGAGGCGGAGGCGGCGGCGGCCGCGGCGCUGCUCCCCCCGCCCCCCGGAGCGACCGGCUCACUCUCACUCGGCGCUCCUCGUUCCCCCCUCCCCUCCGCCCGGCUCCGAGGGCGCCCCCCCCACCCCCUGCCACUCAAGGCCUUCUACCGCAGGCGGCGCGCGCGCGCCCGCCACAGACGCUCAGCGGACCAAUCGGAGAGAAGGAACGGCUUCUUCGCCCCGCCCCCCACGGUCUCUCACGCAGCGGCGUACCGGUUCCCUCCCCCACCCCUCCCUUCAACCAAUCAGGAAACGGCUCCAAGGGAGCGCGCGAGGUUUUCUUCCCCGCGCACCCGUUCUCACCGUUAAACGGCUACGUCUCGCGACAAUGCCAAAGUGACCUUUCUCCCCCACCUCCGGAGCUCAACGCGCGCUAAGGGCAGUGGGAGGGGCAGGUCUCGCGAGGAGGUUGGUGGGAAAAAAACGCACCUCUUUCCCCGCCUCGCGCGCACCCUGGAAUGGCUGCGCGCGCACCUGCCUCCCUAAGGAGCUGCUAAUGCCACAAGGGCUCUUUCUAGCCUUCUUCCUUAAGCCGCGGAAGUAGCCUCGGCGUUUUUCUGCCCCCACCCCGAUCCCACUUUCCUGUCUGUAGCCUUUCUGUCCCCAGCGCCGCCAGGUCUUGCGGGGAGAAGGGGGAAAUUUUUUUGAGCUGUCGCUUCUCCUUUAAGAAAAAAAGCCCCGUCGGCUGCCGGAUGAAAGUCUCUGAAAAAAUGGCGGCGGUAGGACAGAGGCGGGGUCGUGAGGGCAAGGAGGACCCGCCUUUUGGCGCAUGAGCAUGGUUAACUUGCCCAGGGGCAUCCUGGGAAAUGAAGUUCAGCUUAUCCUACGCCUUAGGAAAAAAGAUACGAAGCCAGAGGCGGAGAGGAUGCUGGGAGUGUUUGACUAAUGCGCGAUGGGAAAGAUGCCUUGUUGGAGGAACUGGAAUACUCCACCCUCCAGGAGAGUGAUGAAUACUCCAACACAGCUUCUCUUCCCCUGGACCAGCAUUCCAGAAAGGAGAGCAACCAUGCUGAGACCUCAAAUGCCCCUUCCAUUCCGGAUGACUCAAGUCCCUUUCCGGUGCAGCUCGUGUAUACUACCAAAAUCCAGGAGCCCCAUGUCCACAGUGAGGUCCAAGAGCCAAAGGAAUCACUGCCACCUCCUAAAACCUCAGCAGCUGUGCAGUUGGAGGAGCUGAUGGCCCACCUGUGUGAAAUGCAGACCCAGGUUACAGUGAAAGCAGAUACCAGCAAGAAGCACUUACCAGACAAGCAGGAUCACAAGGCCUCCCUGGACUCGAUGCUGGGGGGUUUGGAGCAGGAACUGCAGGACCUUGGAAUUGCGACAGUGCCCAAGGGCCAUUGUGUUUCCUGCUGGAAACCGAUUGCUGGAAAGGUGAUCCAUGCUCUAGGGCAAGCGUGGCAUCCGGAGCACUUCGUCUGCGCUCACUGCAAAAGAGAGAUAGGCUCCAGUCCCUUCUUUGAGCGGAGUGGCUUGGCCUACUGCCCCAAGGACUACCACCACCUCUUCUCUCCGCGCUGUGCUUACUGUGGAGCGCCCAUCCUGGAUAAAGUGCUGACGGCCAUGAACCAAACCUGGCACCCAGAGCACUUCUUCUGCGCUCACUGUGGAGAGGUGUUUGGUGAAGAAGGCUUUCAUGAGAAGGACAAGAAGCCGUAUUGCCGGAAGGAUUUCUUAGCCAUGUUCUCACCCAAGUGUGGCGGCUGCAACCGCCCAGUGUUGGAAAACUACCUUUCAGCCAUGGACACUGUCUGGCACCCAGAGUGCUUUGUCUGUGGGGACUGCUUUAGCAGUUUUUCUACUGGCUCCUUCUUUGAACUGGAUGGACGUCCCUUCUGUGAACUCCACUACCAUCACCGCCGAGGAACCCUUUGCCACGGAUGUGGGCAGCCCAUCACUGGUCGCUGCAUCAGUGCCAUGGGCUACAAAUUCCAUCCUGAGCACUUUGUAUGUGCUUUCUGCCUGACGCAGCUGUCGAAGGGAAUCUUCAGAGAGCAGAAUGACAAGACCUACUGUCAACCCUGCUUCAAUAAGCUCUUCCCACUGUAAUCUCAGCUAAACCCACACCCUCUUCUGAUUUGCUAUAAAAUUUAAACCAAGAGAGGAGAGAGUACAUUUGUAGUUACUGACCUUCUGCUCCAUAGGCUUACAGAGAAAGCAAAGGUGAUGAAAAAAUAAGGGAACGUCUAGAUGUUACAUGACUAGGCUUGUGGUAUUAAGUUUUGAUUUCAAGUCUUACUUUUUUUUUUUAUCAGGUACUUGAAUUUAGAUCUGGGAGCUGCUGUCUAGUGCCUCGGCAGAUGUAUUUUCCACAUGCACACAUUCAUUCCACACUGGUUUACUCACAUUUCUCCAUUUUCACCCCUAUGAUGACUCUACUCAGAUAUUCUCUUUUCUGGCCCUCAUAACUGGGUCUUUUAAGCUACCCGCAUUUCCAUGUGACUCACUUUCUCACAAUCACUGCUGCAGACUUUAUUUUGCUGUUAGGAAUCAUGAUAUCACUCUUAAGCUCCUUGCAUUUCCCUUCAGUGUAUUUCUUUUUCAAGAGAAAGUAGAUUUUUAACUGGACAACUUUGA